AUGAACCUGGUCCUGGGCACUAUCCUGCUGCUCCUGCUGCUGCCUGAUGUUGCCAAGGGACAGGACAGCUGUUCCGAGCUGCCCCGGGGUGAUGAGCACAGGGAGUGCUGCAGAACGGUGCUGGAGCAGCAGAGCCCGGGCAGCAGCACCCCAGUGUUCCACCUGUUCCAGCGCUGCCCGGAGCUGUGGCGCUCCCGGAACCGCGCCUGUGUCUGCCUGAGGGAGCACUGGCUCAGGCUGCUGCAGUCGGGGUUGCACAGUCAGCUGGCUGGGCUCCAGACUCUGCUCCUCAAUGUCAGCAGGGCUGUCACCCGCGAUGUGCUCAUCGCCUUCUCCCCCUCUGAGGGCCCCAGCAGGCUGAAUGCUACAGAGAAAGGGAAGGCAGGUAAAAUCCACCUCCCCAGGGGGAUAUUCCGGUCCCUGACCAGCCAAACAGUGCGAGUGGUGGUGACAGUCCUCAAUAUCCAGCAACUUGGCAUGUUCCAGGAAAUCAACCAGACAGGGCAGGUCCUGAACAACACCGUGGUGGGCAUCACGGUGGGGGAGAGCAGCAUCUCGGGGCUGCAGCAGCCCGUGCAGAUCACCUUCAGCCACGGGGAGCUGCCCCAGGGUGUCACCCCCCGAUGCGUGUUCUGGGAUGCCAGCAAAGGGCAGGCAGGAGGCUGGCGCAGCAGUGGAUGUGACACACAGCCCGGGGACAAGGGGACAGUCUGCUCCUGUGACCAUCUCACCUUCUUCACCCUGCUCCUGAGCCCAGCUCUGGAAGGCCCCACAGCAAGAGCUCUGAUGGCUGUUGCCACCGCUGGCUGUGGAGUAGCCAUGGCCUUCUCCGUCUUCACCAUGGCCUUCUGCAUCUUCAUCAGGUGCAGGUUCAGGCUGGAGGACACCGUCCGCACCAACCUGGGGCUGCACCUCAACCUCGUGGGCAGCCUGCUCCUCCUCAACCUGGCCUUCCUGCUCAGCACUGGGCUCGCUGCCAGGGCCUCCCCAAGCACCUGCAGGGCCCUGGGGGGGCUCACCCACUACUGCCUGCUCUGCUGCUUCACCUGGAUGGCACUGGAGGGCUGCCAGCUCUACCUCCUCUUUGUCAAGGUCCUGGGGACCUACAUCCACCACUACCUGGCAAAGCUGUGCCUGCUGGGCUGGGGCUUCCCUGCCCUCGUGGUGGGAGUGGCAGGAGCUCUUGGCAGCUAUGGAGAAUACCAUAUCCAGACCACGGACCACCAGGUCAUAGCCCACCUGUGCUGGAUCACUCCCAAACAUCUCCUGGUCCACUACAUCACCAACUGUGGCUACUUUGGCCUCAUCUUCCUCUUCAACAUGGCUGUGUUUGGGGUGGUGACCCACAAGAGCUGCAGCUUGCAGGGCACUGGGGCAGUGCAGGGACACAGCAAGCCCUGGAAGGUGGCUCUGGUGGCAGCAGGGCUCUUCUGCCUGCUGGGAGCCACUUGGGCCCUGGCAUUCCUCACCUAUGGCAUCUCCUCUGGAGCUGUGCUCCACCUCUUCACUGUCCUCAACUCCCUGCAAGGAAUAUUCAUCUUCAUCUGGUUGGUUGUCCUCUACUACCCAAAGACAAAGGAGAGCACUGGUUCCCUCUCCUACAUUAUCAGACAUGACAAAACCACCACAGGCUCCCAGGACUAGCCCCUGGCUGGAGCAGCUCCUGGCUGGACCUCUCUCCCUGCCUGCACCUGCACCCACUGAGAGCCCUCCUGGCAGAUGCAGCUUCCUCCAGAGGGAGAGAUCAGCUAUCAAUGCCUCAGUUUACCUUCAGUGGGCAUGAUCCACCUCAGCAGGGCUCUUUGCUUUUCCCUUCCAUUCCUGCUGGGCUGCCCUGGGCAAGGAGCUCCACAGACGGUGCUUCUGCAAAGCCCCUCCAGGCUGCAGCUCCACGGUCUCGAGGUGGCCCUGAUCUCAUUCCCCAGGGACAAGGAGGAAGCCCCCAAAGCACCUGCUUUCAGUCAGGAUGGAGCCAUCACCCUCUUUGCUAGAGGUGCCUUUGGUGCUGAACCAGCCCAGCAGUGAGUUUCCUGCCACUGGAGGGAGAGGAUUGAUGUGCUGCAGCCCAGAUGUGGGGGGUUUGCCUCUGGGAAUCAGCAAA